AUGGCAUCAUCAUCACACACCAAUUUCAGUUAUGACGAUCUUGAUGACCGGGUUGAUGACGCAUUUGACGACAUAAUGGAUCAAGCAAUGGAUGAUCUGUAUGACACCAUUUUGGAGAAUCAACCACCAAGAAGAGCAAAGAAGAAAAGAGCGUAUAUAGAAAGAGAGCGCGAAAUAGGUCACAUGAAUCUAUGGAAUGACUAUUUUAGUGAAGAUUGUACGUAUCCAUCGAAUAUAUUCCGUCGCCGCUUCAGAAUGAACAAGCCGUUGUUCAUGUAUAUUGUUGACCGUCUUUCCCAAGUUCCAUUCUUUAGGAAAAAAAGAGAUGCUGCGGGAAGGUUCGGUCUGUCAGCAUUACAGAAGUGCACAGCCGCCAUUCGUAUAAUGGCAUACGGUUCAGCUUCUGAUGCGGUUGACGAGUACCUCCGACUCGGUGAAAGUACUGCACUCUCUUGCUUGGAGAAUUUUGUGGAAGCAAUAAUCAAUAUAUUUGGAGAAGGAUACCUCAGACGACCAACCCCAGAAGAUCUUCAACGACUUCUUAUUGACGGAGAGCGACGUGGUUUUCCCGGGAUGAUUGAAAGCAUCGAUUGCAUGCACUGGGAAUGGAAAAAUUGCCCAACAGCUUGGAAAGGGCAAUAUACACGAGGUUCUGGAAAACCUACAAUUGUCUUAGAGGCUGUCGCAUCACAAGACCUUUGGUUUUGGCAUGCCUUUUUUGGACCUCCAGGUACUUUAAACGAUAUCAACGUUAUUGAUCGUUCCCCUGUUUUCGAUGAUAUUUUACAAGGUCGAGCUCCAAAAGUGAAUUUCUGGGUAAACGGGCAUCAAUACCAUUUGGCGUACUACCUAACAGACGGAAUAUAUCCCAAAUGGGCAACUUUUAUCCAAUCUAUACCGUUACCACAAGGUGAAAAAGCAACAAUGUUUGCCACAAAACAAGAAUCCACCCGAAAAGACGUUGAGCGUGCUUUUGGAGUCUUGCAAGCUCGUUUUGCCAUAGUCAAAAAUCCAGCUCUCUUUUGGGAUAAGGUAAAAAUUGGAAAAAUAAUGAGAGCUUGUAUCAUCAUACACAACAUGAUAGUAGAAGAUGAAAGAGCUGGAUACACCCAAUACGAUUUGGAUUCUUUCGAACAACGAGAAGGAACCAGAACUUCACAGGUCGAUAUGACGUAUCAAACGACUAUGCCUACUAAUCUCACCAAUUUGAUGGAGAACCGGAAGAAAGUUAAAGAUAAAAAGAUACAUGAUCAGCUGCAAAAUGAUUUGGUAGAGCAUAUUUGGGAGAUAUUUGGAUGA